AUGACCCCGGAGGAGGAAGGCUCCCAGGCCCCAGAGCGGGUGCGUAUCCGGGUGGAGGAGCAGUCGUUCUGGGUGGAGAAGUCCUUGCUGGUAGAGAGCAGUGAGUAUUUCCGUGCCCUCUUCCGCUCGGGCAUGAGGGAGAGCACGCAGGAGGAGAUAGGGCUGGGGGAGCUGAGCGCGGCCGGGUUCCUCGCCAUGCUGCGGGUGCUGGCGGGUGAGAGGCCCAUCCUCGGCAGUGAGGAGACCUUCCAGGCGGUCGAGUGUGCCGCCUUCCUGCAGGUGAAGCCCUUGGCCAAGUACCUGAUCCACUCCAUCAACUCCGACAACUGCAUCCUGCUGUACCAAGCCGCCGCCAUAUUCGGUCUCCUGGACCUCUUCCACUGCGCUGCACUCUACAUCAAGGACAGCUACGCUGAGCUGGAGGAGUACCUGGACUGCCUCUCUGCUGACCUGCUGGCCUACGUGGAAGCCCUCCUACCCAGCACCUUCGUGGCAGUGGGAGCCCACACGCCCACCUUCGAGUUCUUGGAGGACCUCUCCAGGACUAUCUGCUACCUGGACGAGGAGACCAACACGUGGAGGACCCUCUCCUGCCUGCCACUGAGCGCCAGCACGUUCCUAGCCGGCAUGGCGACCAUGGAUAAUAAGAUCUACAUCGUGGGUGGCGUCUACGGGGCCAGCAAGCAGGUGGUGGAGAGCAGCUUCUGCUAUGACGCCGAUGCCAACGUCUGGAGCGAGUUCCCCAGCCCUCAUCAGCUGCGCUACGACGUCAGGCUGGUGGGCCACGAGGGCUAUCUCUACGCCAUCGGCGGGGAGUACGAGAAGAUCUCGCUGAAGUCCGUGGAGAGGUACGAUGUGGCCUCCAGCACCUGGACGUUCGUCUCUGACCUGCCGCAGCCGAGCACGGCGGCACCCUGCGCCCAAGCCAUGGGGCAGAUCUUCGUUUGCUUGUGGAAGCCACUGGACACCACUGUCAUCUAUGAGUACGAGACCCAGCAAGACGCAUGGCUUCCCAUCACCGAGCUCAAGCGGCACCAGAGCUACGGGCACUGCAUGGUGGCCCACCGCGACAACCUCUACAUCAUGCGCAACGGCCCCUCGGAUGACUUCUUGCGUUGCGUCAUCGACUGCUUCAACCUGACGUCGCGGCAGUGGACCGCCCUGCCCGGGCAGUUCGUGAACAGCAAAGGAGCCCUCUUCACCGCCAUCAUCAGGGGUGACACCGUCUACACCGUCAACAAGAUGCUGACGCUCCUCUACUCUGUGGAAGAGGAGACCUGGAGGUUCAAGAAGGAGCGGGCAGGUUUCCCACGCAGCGGCUCCCUGCAGACCUUCCUCCUGCGGCUGCCGAGGCGUGACCACAAUGUCGCGACGUAG